AUGGCAUUCAAAAUUUUAUUUAUAGCAGGUCUUUUGUUAGCUCUCUCAAUCAACGUAGAAAACAAUGAAAAACUAGCUAUAUUAGAAGAGAUUAAAAUUGAUUUUCCAACAUUUUUAGCCUCAACUACAGAGUUAACUUCAACAACAAGCUUAUUUCAUGGCCAAAGCAAUCAAAAUUCCAGCGGAGGGCCAGCUGAUGAAGCCGAUUCAUAG